UAAGGUGCUUUUGGAUGGAUGAAGACAGAACUCGCAAGCAGAAAGGAAUAUGCAGGAGAAAGGGGAGGGUCUACAAACUCACAAGCUCUGGUGUCUGGUUCCCCACCAAUAAAGGAGCAAGGGGCGGAGAAACCAGGACGAACUAUGUCCAUUUGUAUGCAGACCCGUCCUUUGAGUGAACACAGGCCCUCCCCCACAACAGCUGCCAAUCCCAAAAGACCUUUUCUCCCUAAACGUUUAGUCUGUUUCCAAGUACCUCGAUCAAGUCCUAGCAGAGAACAAAAAAUCUCUCCCAGUUCCUUUCCACACCAGCUGUUACGGGGCGUGCUGCAACCAGAAAAAAAUAUGUUUGAAGUGCUACAGUAAGUGAGGGUGCAAGAGUGUGGUGUGAUUGGCUGAACUGGCAUUGGGGCAAAGGGCUAACCUGAAAGGGGAAACUUACCAGUUAGCUUCCCAAGAAGGCUGAGAAUGUGGGGUCGCAAAGGGCAAAGAGGAAAAGUUGAGAGAGAACUCAGGCUAUGGAUCUGAAACACCCUCCAGCUGUUCAGAACUCUACCCAGAUCUGUUACAGGUUCACAGGCAGGCAGCCCACUGGAAACUUUUGCUGCCUAUGCAGGACAGGCCUUUGGUGCGUAUAUAGUUGUUCCCAACGAAUUUGAGAAUUAACCCAGAAGUGAGAGGCAGAGCAAAAAAUUAAAAAUAGCAGACGCUGUUGAGUGUCUCUUGGCUCUAAUCCAGAGGAAAUAUCGGGAGGUCUGAAAUAAUAAUAACGCGGCAGCCCUAAAGCCCACUUACUAGGGAGUCAGCCCUAUGAAACGCAAGGGGGGACUUUACUUCCAGGAAAGCAUAUAUAAGACAGCCGGAUUCCAUGCAGUUCAGAGCUUGUGAGAACCCCGAUUCCUUUUAAGAACAGGGUGUUGUUUACAGCAGCACACAGUAACGCUGCAAAACUCGCCCAAGUUUACAAAGGAAGCAUGUGAACGAAAUCCACGCGCCCGGGACCUUUAACAAGCAGAAGUGACUAAUAACUAUCUUUGUUCCUUCGCACGGCCUAUCCCUCCGCCUUCCAAGUGUUCCUCCUUCCUCCUGUCCUUGCCAAUGAGAGCGAGGUAGCAGGGAUUACUCCCCGUUAUUGGGUCAGCUGCAAUUUCCACAAACGCCGCUUUGUCUGCUUUCAGGAAAAGGGGUUCGAUGGGGAGACAGGAGACUUUCAUCCCUGUGGUGUAAAACUAGCUGGAAGAUCCCAGGCCAAUGCACGGCUGGGAACACUCCCUGCUUGCUGCUUACCCCCCUUGGCCGCGCUUUAAGAAACUUGGGGCACCCCCAAAAAACAUAUACACGCCUCUUUCUUUUAGGUUCAGCGGCCUGUUGCUGCAGGGAGCCGGCGGGGGGAGCGCGGAGCCUGCUCUAGAGCCGAAAGAGGCUGCCGAGGGCUUCGCACUUCGCCCAGUCUCCCUCCUCUCUUUGCCAGGGAAGGAAAGCAAGGCCGCCUCCGCGGUUCGGUCCCGAAGGGGACCCGGUCUGCUCAUUGGGGCCGGAGACGUCGCGCCGGUUUCCCCUCCUUCCGUGCCCCGACUUGGUUUGCCCCGGCAAACUCCUUUCUGCUACUGGUUGGCAAAGUGGGACGUGGCCCUUGUCUCCACCCAAAAUGCACGUAACGGCCUAAUGGACGGGGAAGGAGGCAGCCCCGGCGGGCGGUAGCGGUGUGGGGGCCCUCGGAGCGAGCGCGAUCGCCCUCGGCGGGAUCUGGCGGAAGGACGAAGAGGUACCUUGGUCGGGGGGAGGCGGAUCCUGUCGGGGGUGGGUGGCUGAAUGGGGCGUGAAGCCGUAAAGUCUUUGCAGAGAGGGGAGGCCCGCACCAUGUGCUCGGGAGACCGUCGGAUUCUGCAAGCAUUUGGCCUGCUCAGGAAGAGACGGGAAACGUGGGCGCUCGAUCCGAGGAGAUCGUAGAUUUGUAGCGUUGGAAUGGGACCACGACGGUCAUCUAGUCCAACCCCUUGCAAUGCAGGACUCAUUUUCCCAACGUGGGACUCGAACCCACAACCCUGAGCUUAAGAGUCUCAUGCUUUCCCUACCAGAGAUGCCAAUUUGAAUAAAAUAUUGGGGGGGGCACACACCAGGUAAGCCCCGCCCCACAUCAACAAUCACAUGACACGAGGCACAUGAUGCACACUAUUUGAAUGGCACUGCCCAUCAACCCUAGGAGUUGGCUUCUAUGCUACCUACUGAGGUAUCCCAGCUGACAUCACCAGCACUAUUUUGCAGCUCUUUAAGGGUGACCUUGGGCCAGGCGCAUGACUUUCAGCCUACCCAGCCUCAUAGGAUUGUUGUCCAGUGUCAAAUAGAAGAACUGUUUCUGCUGCAUAAAGAGCUCUGCUGGAUCAGGCCAAAUCAAGGCCCACAGCCCGGCAGCCUGUUCUCGGAUGCUUCUGUGGAAAGCCUGAAAGCAGAACCUCAGUGCAAGCAGUGCUUUCCCUAUGUGGAUUUCCAACAACUGGUCCUCAGAGGCCUGUUGCCCUUGGCUGUCUAUGUAGAAAACAGCCUGUGUGAGCUUCUCUUCCAUUGACUUUUAAAGCUGGACCCAAGUAGGUAGUCAUCCUGCGGGUGGAAUAUGUUUGUGUAAAGAAGUGCUUUAUUUUGCCUGUCCUGAGUCUUCCAACAUUCAGCUUCCCCAAGAGAUGGGGAAAACUCACAUUUACACUUCCUCUCACCUGUUGUGCCUGGGCACACACACACUCAUCUCAUUUGCCGUCUUUUCUAAGCUGCUUGAAAGAAAGGUGGGGCAGAAAUAAAAGCAAACUGUUAAAGUCAGAGGGCAGUUACUGUCUUAUCACUUCCUUGUCUCCUGGAAGUCAGAAGUUUUCAUGUCUGCAAAAAGAGGAGCUGGGGCUAUUUCGGAAGUCAUACCUGCCCCCGCCCCUGCCCACAUACUCUUACCUCUAAUUCUGCAAAAUCUCAUGCAGCUCAUUCUCUUAUACAACUGUCAGUGGUCAGCCACAGAGCAUGCGGCUCUGAGCAAGUGCAGAGUGCAUUUGUGCUGACAGCUAUAAUUAGUCAGUUUCCACAGAGCUAGGAAUUAUGGGAGAUGGGAUUGCUAGUCUGAUUAGAGUUGAGCUCAGGGCUGCAAAAAUAUAAUCAAUUAGAUGAAUCCAUUAAAAAAAACCAUGCCCUCUCAAUUUAGGCAGUAGUUAUAAAAAAAGACAUACACAAAUUUGAUUUCACAAAUUGAUAUAUAGAUAUAUAUAUAUAUAUAUAAAACCACAUACAUAAGAAUUUCUAAAACUUGCAGGUGUUAGCAGCAGACUAUAGACAUACUAUAGCAGCGGACUAUAGACAUCUUUCCACCUAUGUGUGUGAUGCCGCUCAAAAAACUGCACAGCAGCUUAACACAAACAUCUUUAAAUCAAUAGUGCCUUCAUAAAAAAUAUAUAUUAAUUUAUACUGGGACCAAAUGUGGCUUUUCUGCAAUGACGGAAGGCACUGCAAUCACUGUUUUUUAAAAAAAUCGAUUCACAUGUGCCAGAUGUGAGCCCUGGUAUUUGAAGUUGGUUCAAUGACUAAACCCUUCUGAGCUGUGUCUCAAGUUAUGCAUUGGUUAUUAGCAAGUUGUGCCGUGGGAAAACCUGGCUGUCCUGAGUCAGAAAAUUGGCUUUUAAUGGGGAAGAUUGUACGGAGAUUUGUUUCCGAGCAUCAGGAAGGUGUGCAUAUGUGUGCGGUCACAUGGCCACUUAAACUUCUGUUUAAAGCUUACAGCUUGCUGUGUUGACUCAACAUGGUUUGUUCUCUGAUAGCAACAUGGAGUGUGAGACCAUUCAUGGUUCCUAAAAACUUAAUAAACAAAUAGGAAGUAGGUCAGUGAGUGUCUACUGCUGUGAACAUUACCACAAGUGACAAUGUUUACAGCACCAAUGUAAGUUGCACACACUAAGAGUAGAAGUGUGAAACACACAUACUCAUUCACCUCUGACAAAUAGUCUUUCUGUCUUCUGUAUAAAAAACUUCCGGAGGAGAAGAUGGAUAUGUUUUCCCUGGGCUGCGUGCUCUUUUAUAUCAAAGACGGUGUUCAGCUUUCCCUUACCAGCCAACCUAAAUCUGCUCCCUUUCUCCUUGAACUUAAUUCUUAUUGACUUCCCUCUCCCAGCAUAUCUUGCAGACAGCAGUUCACCUAAUUCUUUGAGACAACAUUUUAGACUGAGCAGGUAACUGAAGACUGUUGUAGUGGUCCUGAAUCUUUAUUUGCUCCCUGCAGCUAAACAGGGAAAUGUUCUCAUGAUUUGAGAGAGAGUCCUUUCAGGUGUCCAAUCUAGCAUAAGCUUCUAACCAUAUUUAAUUUACGAAAGAAACAAUAGCUCUCUGAUUCUGGUAAACACGCAAGACAGUAUGCACACAAACUCAUUCACCCCCUUGCCAUUUUUGUUGCUUUCUACAAGUUGGCAAGUUUGUUGGAUCAAGAACACGGCAUCUAACUCAACCACAUAAUAGGCUAAAUUUGUCUUUCUAUUUGUCUACAUUGAGAUUGGGGAACUUUUAGGCCCAAUGGGCCAGUUCCUCUAUCUCCACCCACCCCACGGACCCAACUUUCAUAGGUGGGUGGGCCGUGCACCUGUCAAUCAUCUGGUGUCAUGAUAACAUCAGGUGACUGAUAGGUGGGCAGUCCCACCCACCUGUCAAAGUUGACCCAUGGAAGUGUGGCAGACAUCUGUUUUGCCAACAUGUUCUCCACAGAAGCAGCACCCAGCAGGAUUGAAAUCAAGUGUUGGGUUCAGUUCUGCCCUCUGCAGGGAUCUGCUUCCCCUGUUGGGAACAUGCUGGCAAAGCAGCACCCAGAAGCAUUGACACCCUACCGAUCAGCUGACAUCACCCAGAACUGAUGGACAGGUGGGCAAGAUUUGGAGGAAAAUGGCUUUGUGGGCCAAAUUGGAACUUCACUUGGGCCAAGAUUGGCUCAUGAACUGGAGCUUCCCCACCCCUUCUCUGCAUCACGGCAGGUGAACUCCUUCCUAUUCUUGUGGGGAUGACGUUUGUUGCAUCAUCUUCUUUCACCAUAGUGUGGACAGUCCAGCAGAGUCCCAGAUACCUCCUGAACCCAAACAGGACUUGAGCACCAUGUCUCAGCUUCUCUACCGGGCUCUGGUGUCGGCCAAAUGGGUCUCGGAAGCCAUCAAGACCCCUCAAGCUGGGCUGGCUGUGCGGCUCCUGGACGCCUCCUGGUACCUCCCCAAAAUGAAGCGCAACCCCCGGAGCGAGUUUGAGGAGCGCCACAUCCCCGGAGCGUCUUUCUUCGACAUCGACCAGUGCAGCGACCGCACUUCGCCGUACGACCACAUGCUCCCCGGCCCGGCUGCUUUUGCAGAGUACGUGAGCAAACUGGGGGUUGGCAGCGACUCCCAUGUCGUGGUCUACGAUGCAAGUGACCAGGGCUCUUUCUCUGCCCCUCGCGUCUGGUGGAUGUUCCGGGCCUUUGGGCAUGAUGCCGUUUCCGUCCUAGAUGGCGGGCUGAAGAACUGGCUGCGCGAGGGGCACCCUGUCAGCUCUGGGAAGAGUCGCCCUGUCCCUGCGGAAUUCCAUGCCUCCCUGGACAGAUCACUAGUCAAAGCCCACGAGGAUGUUAAGGAGAACAUUGAGGCCCAAUGCUUCCAGGUGGUGGAUGCUCGGUCAGCCGGGAGGUUCACUGGGACGGAGGCAGAACCCCGGGAAGGUAACACGUCUCUUUAGGCCUUGAGGGUAGAAGAGUUGGCUUUCUUUAGCUCAGCGACUGAGAAGGAAAAAAGCAAGGGAGAGGCACCAGUGCAGGAUAUGAAGCCUCUAGAUCAGGGAUAAUAAUAAUAAUAAUAAUAAUAAUAAAUUUUAUUUACUGUAUUUUUCGCUCUAUAAGACACACUUUUCCCCCUCCAAAAAUUAAGGGGAAAUGUGUGUGCGUCUUAUGGAGCGAAUGCAGGCUCCAUGGCUUCAGCGAUAGCAUCGUGAAGCCUCCAAAGCGCAGUGGGAGCGCUCCCGCUGCGCUCCAGAGGAUUUGUGUUGCUUUUGCUGAAGCCUGGAGAGCGAGAGGGGUCGGUGCACACCGAUCCCUCGUGCUCUCCUGGUUUUGCUUCGCUGAAGAGGCGCUGCGCAGAGAGGGAGAGAAUUUUUUUUCUUGUUCUCCCCCUCUAAAACAAGGUGCGUCCUAUGGUCGGGUGCGUCCUAUAGAGCGAAAAAUACGGUCUACUCUGCCCUCCCCAGCCAAGACCGGGCUCAGUGCGGCUAACACCAAAUAUAAAAACAAUUGAUUAGAAUACAGCUUAAAAAACAAAACUAAAAUACAACAUUAAAACAUUAAAAUGCAGCCUCAUUUCAGUGGAACUCAAGCAAAACCUUUUUGGGGGAUAAAAACGUCAAGUCUUCACCAAGGCUAACUAUCCAGACUAGUCCUACAUGGGCCAGAAAAAAGCCGGGGAAGUCCCCAAAUAGGAGUUCCAACACAGAAGGAGAAAGGAAAAAAAGAAAGAGGGGGAAGGAAUCAAAUUGAUUCCAAGCCAAAGGCCAGGCAGAACAACUCUGUCUUACAGGCUCUACUACAAAAUCCCAUCAUCCCUGACCACUGGCAAUGCUGGCUGGAACCAUUCUUAUUAUUUAUUACAUUUAUAUACCACCACCACCCCCUUCAUCAAAACACCAUGGGGUGCUUUGCAACAGACAACACAAAUGUCAGGGCGUUAAGAUAGUAUCUGUGCAAUAUAAAAAUUGGAACAGUUAUGUAAAUACAGUUGAUAUGAAAUCCAUCACAGAAUACGGUUUCUCAUGAAAUACAGAUUCUCGCAACAGCACGGGAGGAGAAAAUCAGCCACAGGGUAUCUAAGAUAACAAAAAUGUUGCACAAAUUCAGAAUCUUCUCUCUAGUCAAAGUAGUUCUCCAUCCUGGCAGCCCACAGAAAAUGGCGGACCCUCCCAGCUCUCACCUGGGAGUGCCUCCCUACCUCUCACUUCAAGGUCCUUCUGUCAUCUAUCAGCCACUGUUCUGUGGGUGUGGUCCUUGGCCCCCAAUGACAUCCCAGAAGAGGAGACAUCCAAGGGGUAAUUCCCUGUGGAGUCUCCCCCUGGAAUUUGCCCAUCACUGGGCAACCUGCUGUGUGCAGCAUCCCUGACUUCUCUCCCCAUCCUGAAACACAGCCAUAAGGAGCUUAAGUCCAGCAGCAUCUGAAGGGACACCUUUCCCAUCCCUAAGAACCUUUCAUACAAGGCCUGGUCAACUGCUUGAUAGACAUGAGUGCAAUGUCUUGGUUCUGGAGUUCUAGGGGCUUUUUUUCUACCUCAAGUCACAUGUAUUCAAUGGAUGAGGUCUGUAGGGUUGUACUGGAGAACUUGGUGCCUUCCAGAUAUCAUUGGGUUAAAAUCCCCACCAUCCCUGACUAUUGGCCAUGCUGACCAGGGCUGAAGGGAGUUGGAAUCCAACAACAUCUGGAGGACUGCAGACUCUCAGUGCAGAAAGAUUUACCUUACUGUGCCCGAUGCACAGUUAAGAUCUUUGCUGGGGAUACUGUAAAAAAACAAAAUUGUUUUCUCAAGUGCACAAUGAUUCCUGGAACACACUUUAGGCUUAAAGGGUUUCCUCCCCACUUGCUAGCUCAGUGAUCAAGCAGGUGCAAGUUUGCAGCUGUGUCUCACUGUCAUAGGUGAGAUCCUGCUUAUAUAUAGGCCAAGUUCCACAGAGGAUGCUCACACACGGUUGCUCACAUGGAUUGAUUUAAAUCAGGCACCCCCAAACUCGGCCCUCCGAAUGUUUUGGGACUACAACUCCCAUCAUCCCUAGCUAACAGGACCAGUGGUCAGGGAUGAUGGGAGUUGUAGUCCCAAAACAUCUGGAGGGCCGAGUUUGGGGGUGUCUGAUUUAAAUGAAGGCGAUUUGAAUUGCAAGGAAGAAGAAAAUGAACAUUGUAAAUCUGCUUCUUGAGCGUGUGUGUGUUCUAAGCAGUUGGUAUAACAGUUUUUUAUACUUUUUAUUUUGUUUUAACUUUCUCCAGGAAUUGAACCUGGUCACAUCCCUGGCUCGGUGAACAUCCCUUUCACUGACUUCCUGACCGAGUCUGGCCUGGAGAAGAGUCCAGAGGACAUCCGCCGCUUGUUUCAGGAGAAGAAAGUGGAUCUCUCCAAGCCCCUGGUGGCCACUUGUGGUUCUGGGGUCACAGCCUGCCACGUGGCUCUGGGGGCUUAUCUGUGUGGCAAGGCUGACGUGGCCAUUUAUGAUGGCGCUUGGGUGGAAUGGUUCAUGCGGGCACGGCCUGAGCACAUCAUCUCAGAAGGGAAGGGGAAGAGCCUGUGAGUUUUUGGGCCUCUCGCCUCAACAAGGGGCAGAAACUUUGCCUUGUACAAGGGAAGGGCCUGGCCUUCAAAAAUUCUGUCUUAAGAUGUUCUCGCCAAUGCGUGAAGCAUUUCAACAGCAAAUAUGGGGUUCUGCUGUCCCUUUGUUGGGCAUGAAUGAUGUCCUUUGUUCACUGCUGCUUGUCUGGGUGGAAGAAUGCACUGAUCAUGGUAUGGCAAAAUAAGGGUUUCAGGUUGCACAAAGGAGUUGUGGAAGUCCAGUCACAUGGGCCAAACCACAGGAAAGGGUUAUGUACGGAAUCAAGUUAGCACUUUGACCGUGGCAAAUUAUCUCAUCUGACUACACAGUACCAAUUGUUUCCCCCUUGUGAGUUGAAAUCUGGUUUACUUUUUAAAAAAAAGUGAAUUCUGAUUUUUUUUUUUUUAAUUAAAAGCAUCUUAAGGUACUUUAA